AUGGUGAUGGGUGAGGGUGACGGAGAUAUGGAAGGAGGAGGUGGUGGAAACGACGAAUGUGUCGACGAUGGUGAUGAAGAGUUAGUAGCAAUGAUGCCUACGACGUUUUGUGGCUCUAACAAGUGUAAGAAAAUUAGGAGACCUUUGCCACCUCGAGAGACGUGGAAGAAGAAAAUUGAAUUUUUAUUGGCGGUAGUCGGUUUUGCUGUUGAUUUGGGAAAUGUAUGGAGAUUUCCUUACAUCUGUUAUCAAAACGGCGGAGGUGCGUUUCUUAUACCGUACGUGGUAAUGUUGGUAUUUGGUGGAUUGCCUUUGUUUUACAUGGAAUUGGCACUAGGACAGUUCCAUCGAUGCGGAUGUCUCACAGUGUGGAAGAAGAUUUGCCCGGCUCUAAAAGGUGUUGGAUAUGCAAUAUGCCUAAUCGAUAUGUACAUGGGCAUGUAUUAUAACACUAUAAUCAGUUGGGCGUUAUAUUAUCUGUUUUCGUCGAUGAGAUCCGAACUACCUUGGACCAAUUGCGACAACCCGUGGAAUACGUUGAACUGUACACCAGUGACUAAUUUGUCGGGAUUUACAAACUUUUCAACGAGUCCGGCUAAAGAAUUUUUCGAGAGAAGUGUUUUGGAACAGCACAGAGCUGAUGGGUUGGAUAGAAUCGGACCGAUAAAGUGGUCGUUGGCGUUGUGCUUGUUGGCCGUAUUUCUAUUGGUGUAUUUCUCUUUGUGGAAAGGAGUAAGGAGCACAGGCAUGGCGGUUUGGGUCACGUCUCUUGCGCCGUACGUUGUAUUGUUCAUGUUAUUGUUUCAAGGAAUCUCGUUACCGGGCGCUGGCGAGGGUAUACGAUACUAUCUGACGCCGCAGUGGCACAAGCUCGUUAACACUAAGGUAUGGAUAGACGCGGCGUCUCAAGUUUUUUUCUCUCUGGGUCCAGGAUUCGGUACUCUCCUCGCCCUGUCCAGCUACAACAAGUUCAACAACAACUGUUACUGGGAUGCCAUACUCACCAGUUCAAUAAACUUUUUUACCAGUUUCCUUGCCGGGUUCGUUAUAUUCACCAUGCUCGGUUAUAUGGCACACGUACAAAACAAGAGUAUAUCCGAAGUAGGAGCUGAUGGGCCGGGCUUAGUAUUUAUCGUGUACCCGGAAGCAAUCGCUAUGAUGACGGGUUCAGUUAUGUGGGCCCUUAUAUUCUUUUUAUUACUCAUCACAUUAGGUUUGGAUAGUACAUUCGGUGGUUUGGAGGCAAUCAUAACUGGUCUCUGUGAUGAAUAUCCGAGUGUAUUAAAACGACAUAGAGAAUUGUUUGUUGCUGGUUUAGUAGCAGUAAUUUACAUAUUAUCAUUACCAACUACUACAUACGGCGGAGUUUAUUUAAUCACAUUGCUGAACGUAUUCGGACCGGGAAUCGCCAUAUUGUUCGUUGUGUUUGUGGAGGCAGCAGCGGUCUGUUGGGUGUAUGGAGUGGACCGGUUUGCAAACGAUAUUGAAAUGAUGAUCGGACAUAGACCGGGUUUAUUCUGGAGAUUAUGUUGGUGCUACAUAAGUCCCGCAUUCUUGUUGUUAAUUUUUGUGUUCUCAAUAUUGGGAUACAAAGAAAUGAUGGCUGGAGAUACGUAUGUUUACCCGGAUUGGAGUAUUAAUAUGGGAUGGUUGAUGACUGCUUCUUCGAUUAGUUGCAUUCCGGCUUACUUCAUUUACAAAGUGUACAAGACACCGGGUCCAUUCAUGCAGAGAAUCAGAUUGAUCAUGAAACCGGAAGACCCGGAACCGAACGACCGGAGCAUCGUGGCAAUUGCGUCGGCUGUACACGGAGGUAGUAGCGGCGCGGGCGGCGGUGGAGGCACACAUGUCUGAUUGGAAUGGCUCGUCUAACCCGGCCGACCAAAAUAAUAACAAUAUCAGAAAAGAAAAUGAACAACAGCAAAAGUCUCGGACUCUAUCAGAGAAUUUUGCUUCGACAAGUCGGGUUAUAGCUAUCACAUCUUAUAAUUAUUAUACAAUAUUAUAUUAUCAUCGUAAUAUAUUAUGCAUAUAAAUAUAUAACAGUCAGCAAUGUCCACUCCCGGAAUUAAACAGAUGGCUCGUCCUACAGGUUACGAUAUCGACGACUAUCACAUAUUAUCACAAUAGUCGUGUAAUAUCGUUACGACGACGUGUUGAAUAAUAAGACGACAAACGAGGAUGUAUCGUGAGCGCGCGUGUUCUUGUGUGUACAUAAACGGAUAGUAGAUUGAUUUACUAUACACGUCGAAAAAUAUCAUAAUAUAUUUAAGCAUAUAGUGCCCAAUAAUCUUAUUGUAACUUUCUAGAGUGUGAAAUAGUAGUGUAGAACAAUGAUCGCGAUUUAUGCGAUUUUUUUCCCCGCGAUAGAUACAUUUAGCAGUGAGAUAAUAAUAAUCAUUAUCUGUCGACAAGACGAUACGCACGUAUAAAAUGCAGACAAUAAUACCUAUGAUGUCUGAUAAUUUUAGGUAUCUAUGCGUGAAGUCUAUAUACGGCGUAUUUUUAGUGUGUAUUUACUACAUUAUAUUAUAUAUUAUACAAAAUUGCUAUUAAUUAUUAAAAGUAGAUAGUUGUAG